GAACGCUUCGUCUUUAUUUCUUGCACACUUGUUUGCAAUUUUCGUAGUUAAACAUUACAUUUAUUGUCACUUGAUGCUUACUGCUAUUCGCGCACGUCUCGCAUAACUUAUUUACUUUCAUCAUUCUACCAAGUAACGCUGACGCUCAUCAAUUUAUCAACUAAAACGGAAACUAAUUAGUGAUUAUUCUAAGCAGUGAAUGCUUUGGGAGAAAGUUUUUAUUUAUUCUUGUUUCGGCUGCAAUUAAGAGUUAUAAAAAAAAGCCGAAACCAUGCUGACGGACAUGGAAGACAUGCCCUCUGUCAAACUGGGAGAUUACAUUCUCCAGUUUGAAAUGGGACCACCACCACCAGAAAUUCAGGAAGUUGCUACAAAAGAAUUAAGAGAAACUCCGGAACGGCAGAAAAAAGCAGUUGAAGAACUUAGAGAAUUACUCAAAAAGGAAACUGAUCUGAAGUGCCCUUUGGACAACGAAGCUUGGCUCAUUAGAUUCCUUAGGCCAUGCAAAUACUACCCAGAGUCAGCUGUUAAACUUGUAAAGGAGUAUUAUUCAUUUAAAGUAAAACACGCAAAUGUAUACGAUGGAUUGACACCAGUGCGUGAGAAAAAUAUCUUUGAACAGAACAUCCUAACUGUUCUGCCAAACCGAGAUCAACAUGGCCGAAGGAUAUUAAUUAUUGAACUUGGAAAAAAAUGGAAAACUAACAAGGUUUCUUUAGAUGAAGUCUAUAAAGGAAGUGUUCUGUAUUUAGAAGCUGCUAUGUUAGAACCAACAACUCAAAUUGCUGGUGCUAUAGUUAUCUUUGAUAUGGAUGGCCUGACUCUUCAACAAACUUGGCAGUUUACUCCUCCAUUCGCUAAGAGGAUAGUUGACUUAUUGCAAGAUGCAGUACCAUUAAGAAUAAAAAAUAUUCAUAUUAUUAAUCAACCAUAUGUUUUCAAUAUGGUGUUUGCAUUGUUCAAACCUUUCCUUAGGCAGAAAUUGAAGGACCGAAUUAUUUUCCACGGUACAGACCGCAAAUCCUUGCACAAAUAUUUAUCACCUAAGUGUCUUCCCGAAUGCUAUGGUGGUACUUUAUCAAUCCCACGGGUGACAGGACCGCAAUGGCUUGAAUUGUUGGUCAAAUGUGAAAAAGAAUUUGAAGCCAUAAAUUCCUAUGGUUACAAAAAAUAAUAUCCAUCGAUGUAGUGUUGAUGAAAGUCAAAAUAUCCGGGGGCUCAUAUCAGUCAUUAAUUCAGUGUAUCGAUGACGUCACACUCCCAAUACCAUCUACCUCUUUGAGUUCAUCGUAUACUUCUCACAAUCUAUUUCUAACCAUCUCAACAAUCUGAUAAGCCACGGAUAAGGCUUGAAAAUUCGUCCGUAAUAAUGUAUUUAUAAUUAAUUGUAUUGAUUCUAAAAGACGACAUGAAUACGUCUUUUAUUAUUAGUUUGAAUUUUUUGCUCAUUAUUUAGUAAAAGUAAAUAUUAUUUUAUGAUAUUUUUAUGAAAAUGAAAUUAAAUUUAGUGAGAUACUUGAUUUUGAUAUUCAUGCCAGAGAUCUUAAUCGAAACAAAACUACUUAAUGUGAGUGAAAGUGAAUUAAAAAAAAAUAAUUAUCUUG